AUCCGAUUCGACUGUGCCCAGUGUUUCGGUCCAAAUCGCCGGAGGAUCGCCUUCGUGAAGUGUUAGUGCAUCGGUACUGUACUAAUUGCUUGUCCGGGAUGCAUCGUGCCGCUCAUUGCACUCAUCCGGGAACUUGUCGACGCUGUAAAGAGCAACACCAUACAAUGCUCCACAUCGAUCUACCAGGCGAUGAACAACCGCGGCAGCGACGACCAACAAGGGCCAGUCGCAAUGACGCAGACGACAGCGAUGCGAUUUCGUUAGUCGCGUCCGAGACUGGAGCGGAAACAAUUGCUUUCCGCCCGGACUUGGAGGAAGGGGAAUUGCUAAGCGCUGGAGCGGAAACCAGUGCUUUCCGCCCAGACGAAGCGCCCGGAAUGGAGUCAAAUGCACUCCAUCCGGAUUCUGCGAGCGAGCUAGAGUUGGAACCCCAACAUUUCGGACAGCUCUUACGAUACCAGCCAAGAGAGAGCGGAUUGGAAAUUAGAACUUUCCAACCGCGAUACUAUACCUCAUACCCCCAACCUCGACGACGAAGUAACCACCCACGGCAUAAGCGUCGCAACGGGAGAGUGGAAUCACACGCAUUCCACCUCCCUAAAAGAACCGGAUUUCGGUCUGGUCAAGAUCACGCCCCAAUGAAUCCGAUACAACAACUUACCGCUUUUGCGCCAACAGCCAUAGUGAGGGUAGAAGCAGGAGGACGCUUGCACCUGGUAAGAGCUUUGAUUGAUCCGUGUGCCGCAACAUCCAUUAUCGCAGACGACCUCGCGCGAGAGCUGAAGCUCAGUUUAACGGCAGUCGGCAAUCAACGAGGGUGUUUCAUAAAACUACGCGGAAAACACGGAAAUUCCACGACCAUAACAAUGCACGCGGUGGCCGUAUGGAACUAUCGGCAACAAACGCCUUUAAAAAGUCUCGAUGCCACGGUCGUAGCACCAUACAACAAUAUAAAGCUCGCUGAUCCUCAGUUCCACAUCGCAGCUCCCGUCCGCUUCGUGCUAGGUGCCGAAGUUUUCACUAAGAUGUUCUUAGGCGCCAUUCCAGCGGGAACUCUCGGUGCGCUACUAGCGCAAAACACCAUUUUCGGAUGGGUACUGUCAGGCGCAUGCUAAACACAUUUUUGUAUGACUUUAUUUUGUUUUUUUUUUCCAUGAUGAAUCAAUAACUGAAAAUUUUUCGUAUAUAUAUUUUGUUAUAUUUCAUGAGUCAACUUUUUUUUCAAAAUGAAUUAUUAUAUUAUUAACAGUGCAGUUGAAUUUGAAACCCACGUCUUUUAUUUUUAAACUUUCUUUCCUUAUAGAAUUUAGGUCCAUAGAUGAAGAACUGAAUUGGAGAAUCUAGAUUUAACGUAUUUUUAUCGUGUAACGUGGUAUAGAGGUUGGAUCACAUGGUUCUUUGGAUGUUGCUUAUAGCAAGGGGGCCGGCAUGUUUAGGCCUCCGCCUAAAUAGAUUAGAAAGAGGACACCCUAAUGUUUAACAUUGCGUUAACAUUGCCGCUGUUAACUUUCCCCACGCUUUCUAUUUGUUUCCGUUAUUGGAAUAGUACUACUUGAAAACAUCUUGGCAGGCUACCGCCAUUAUAAUAAAAAACUGUUCACUUACUUCUUUUGCGAGCAUCCAGAGAAGAGGACGUGAUCCAGCCACCAUACUACAGCGUAUUCAAAGCAACGGAACUUAACGAAACAAUAGUGAAUGGCCAAUGGACAAAUACAUCCUGCAGCAGGAUGCUGACAAGACAAUCGCAGUUUCAGUACAAAUCACAUCGCAUCGCAUCACAAGGGGUCAUCACAAUGGUUAUCUUUACGAGACUUCCGCCUCUAUGUGCACACAAAUACAAAUUAUUUAUUCACUUUUCAAACUUAUUCCAACUCUUCAGUUCAUUUGAUAUUGGAUCACUAGUCUUAUUGUAUGGA